ACCGCUCCUCCAAGUAUUACUGUAUUGUACGCUAUAUCGGUACAUUCCUGCCGUUAGUUUGGGCAAGGGCACUUCCUCUCUAUUGUGCCUGCCUUGCGAGAAUCGUGUGCUCCGCUUCACUGCCGAGAGAUGCAAUUCACUCAUCGCCCACUUUUAGUACCUUCCCUCUCUUACGUUACGCAUGCAUCCACCCUCUCGACCACCUCUGUGACCACUUGCGUACAGAGUUUGAAGCUUUUCCCAGUUUCUUGUCUGACCAGCGGGCUCAAAUAUACACGAGCUUGCUCGAGCUUGAGGCACGCCUUGCAAAGGCGCCACACUCAGCCGAGACGCACAAUCAGAUGGAGAGGAUCUGCAAGCAGCUGGAGGAUCUGUCCAACGAGACGGAGGCGCGCCGCGAUGCGCUGGAAGCAAGCAGUCGAGAAGGUGUGCAGUGAGUGAAGGAGAUGCGAUGCUUCCUGGUUAAGAAGAUGUGGUUUCUUAUCGACGAAAGCAUGUGCUAACAAAGCAAGGAAUACGGGUUUAGGAGACAUGGCUAGCGGCGAGAUUGUGAUAAGCGCGGGUAGCUACUGGGAGGCACUUGAUUAAAUCGAGAGAGGACUGCGGCGUAUUCCGAAUGACGCGCAUUUGCAAGAAGCUGGUUGAUGCCGUGACGCAGAGUGCCACUUCAAGAGGCGUGAGAGAGUGAGUGUUGGG